UGUCCCUCUCUCUUCCUUAUCUGUCGCUGGCUGGAUGGGUUCAAAGCCGUGGUUGCACCCGGCUCCGACCUUCCAUGGCAUAGAGACGAGUUGGGACACCGACGAGGACGCACCGGGUCCACGCUGUGGCCACACUCUCACCGCUGUCGCCGCCACCAAAUCUCACGGCACUCGCCUCAUUCUCUUUGGGGGCUCCACUGCCAUCGAGGGCGGCGCCCCCUCCUCUACUGCCGGAAUCAGAUUGGCUGGUGUGACCAAUUCCAUUCAUUCUUAUGACGUUGUCACCAGGAAAUGGACCAGGCUCCAACCGGCCGGAGAGCCGCCUUCUCCGAGGGCUGCUCAUGCUGCUGCUGCUGUUGGCACUAUGGUUGUUUUUCAGGGUGGCAUAGGUCCUGCUGGGCAUUCCACAGACGAUCUUUACGUGCUUGACUUAACCAACGAAAAAUUAAAGUGGCACAGGGUUGUUGUUCAAGGCCCAGGGCCUGGGCCUCGCUAUGGCCACUCAAUGGAUUUGGUUGCCCAACGGUAUCUUGUUAGUGUCUGCGGUAAUGAUGGGAAGAGAGUUUUAUCAGAUGCUUGGUUUUUGGACACUGCACAGAAACCAUAUAGAUGGCAACAACUCAAUCCUGAAGGCGAUAGUCCUUCUGCUAGAAUGUAUGCAACAGCUAGUGCCCGCUCAGAUGGCAUGUUCUUGCUCUGUGGUGGAAGAGACUCUACAGGCACGCCUCUGGCAGAUGCUUAUGGCCUGCUGAUGCAUAGAAAUGGUCAGUGGGAAUGGACUCUUGCACCCGGUGUGUCUCCUUCGCCAAGGUACCAACAUGCUGCGGUCUUUGUUGGUGCUAGAUUGCAUGUUAUCGGAGGUACUCUUAGGGGUGGACAAUCAGUAGAAGGUGAAGCAGCUAUUGCAGUCUUGGAUACUGCUGCUGGAGUAUGGUUGGAUAGAAAUGGGGUUGUAACUAAUUCUCGCACUAGCAAGGCCCCAAUUGAGUACGAUACUUCGCUUGAGCUUAUGCGUCGUUGCCGCCAUGCAGCUGCGUCAGUUGGAGUUCGAAUAUAUGUUCAUGGUGGUCUUAAAGGAGAUAUGCUACUCGAUGACCUUGUUAUCUCCGAAAACUCACCGUUUCAAUCUGACCUUAAGUCGCCUAUAUUAAAUUCUGAGAGAGUAUCAACUAUGACUAGUUCUAAAACAUAUCAAUCAUGUGCAAGUUCUUAUAUGCCACCAACUUCAGAUGGAAGGCUGGAGGCCUCUUCAGCUGGAGGCUCAAGCAUGGACAAGAAAUCUAUGGAGAAGCUGGUGGAGGCUUCAGCAGCUGAAGCUGAAGCAGUUAGUGCUGUCUGGGAAGCUAUGAAGGCAGCCUCUACUGUCCCUGUAGAAGCAUCAAUGUCAGAUCAUAGCUUGCAUCUCCCAGAAACCUCCUCGGAUGGUAGUGAUAGCGAGGGAGAUGUUCGUCUUCACUCUAGAGCUGUUGUAGUUGCCAAAGAGUCUGUUGGGAACUUGGGGGGAUUGGUAAGGCAACUGUCCUUGGAUAUGUUUGAAAAUGAGAGCAGACGAAUGAUCCCCUUAAAUGGUGACCCAUCAUGUCCUACAAAAAAGUUCCUCACUAGACCGAAGUCACCCCUAGGCUUGCAUAAGAAGAUUAUUUUUACAUUGCUCAGGCCACGAAACUGGAAAGCUCCGGCUAAUAGAAAAUUUUUUCUGGAUUCCUAUGAAGUGGGUGAGCUUUGUUAUGCUGCUGAGCAAAUAUUCAUUCAGGAGCCAACAGUUUUGCAGUUAAAGGCUCCAGUGAAAAUAUUUGGGGAUCUUCAUGGACAGUUUGGUGACUUGAUGCGCUUAUUUGAUGAAUAUGGAUUUCCUUCAACUGCUGGAGACAUAACUUAUAUUGACUAUUUAUUCCUGGGGGACUAUGUUGAUCGUGGACAGCACAGCCUUGAAACAAUAACCUUGCUUCUAGCUCUCAAGAUUGAGUAUCCUGAGAACGUACAUUUGAUCCGAGGAAACCAUGAGGCUGCUGACAUUAAUGCACUCUUUGGUUUUCGAAUCGAAUGCAUUGAGAGGAUGGGCGAGAAUGAUGGAAUAUGGGCAUGGUCUCGGUUCAAUCAGCUUUUUAACUUUCUCCCACUUGCUGCACUCAUCGAGAAGAAAAUUAUUUGCAUGCAUGGUGGCAUUGGGAGGUCAAUACACUCUGUGGAACAAAUAGAGAAACUUGAAAGGCCCAUUACAAUGGAUGCUGGAUCAAUCAUUCUCAUGGACCUUCUAUGGUCUGAUCCUACAGAAAAUGAUGGUAUAGAGGGUUUGAGACCAAAUGCUAGGGGCCCUGGCCUUGUUACUUUUGGGCCUGACAGGGUGAAGGAUUUUUGCAAGAAAAACAAAUUGCAACUUAUUAUAAGAGCACAUGAGUGUGUCAUGGAUGGAUUUGAGCGGUUUGCUCAGGGACAUCUUAUCACUUUAUUUUCUGCUACUAACUACUGUGGAACGGCAAAUAAUGCUGGGGCAAUACUGGUGGUUGGUAGGGGAUUGGUUGUGGUUCCAAAAUUGAUUCAUCCAUUGCCACCUCCCUUUCAGUCACCUGAGACAUCUCCAGAGCGUGUCUUAGAUGAUACAUGGAUGCAGGAGCUCAACAUUCAUAGACCACCAACUCCAACUCGCGGUCGGCCACAGCCUGACCAUGAUAGAAGCUCAUUGGCAUAUAUUUGAAUUUUCCCUGGCAGAUUUUUUCUAAAUGGUGCUUUAAUUUAGUACCAGAAUUAUACUUUCCAGUGAUGGUAAUGCAACAUCAGGAGGCAGGACCCAUCACAUUCCUUUCUUGUAACUUAAAAGCGUGUCAAAAAUUGAGGCUUUGUCAAGUGCGCACAUAGUUCGGGAGAUUAGAGUCAGCUUUUUGUCAAUAGAUGGGAUUAAUUCUUUCCUCAUUGCUCGUGUAAUGUUUGUACAACUCAGCAUGUACAAGAGAUGGUGUAGCAUUUCAGCUAGCCAAUUAAAGAUCUUGGCAGAUGUACCAUAUUGGAAUUUGAGAAAUUUAGGCUUGUAGUGUACUGGAAUGUAAAUUAUAGU